AUGCAAUCAUCAAACACUGAUCCCGAAUCAUCAUCCCAAACGUUUACUUCUUUUCCAAUUCCCGAUCAUGCCAAAAUCAACUUUUCUGAGUGGCUUGCUGAAAAUCAGAGUAAAUUAACUCCUCCCGUUUCAAACAAAAUGUUGUUUGAUAAAGGACAAUUUAAAAUUAUGGUUGUGGGAGGUCCCAAUGAAAGAACUGACUACCAUUACAAUCUCACUGAAGAGUUUUUCUAUCAAAUGAAGGGAGACAUGAUUUUGAAAGUGGUAUUGAAUGGCAAUGAAUUUAAAGAUAUUCAUAUCAAGGAAGGAGAAAUGUUUGUCUUACCUGGUGGCAUUCCUCACAGUCCUCAAAGAUUUGAAAAUACAGUUGGUCUCGUCAUUGAAAUGGAGCGUCCAAAAGAUAGUCUUGAUGCCUUAAGAUGGUAUUGUGAAAAAUGUCAGGCCAUUGUUUACGAGGAGACGUUUUAUUGUUAUGAUUUGGGAAAACAAUUAAUUCCUGUUAUUGAGAAAUAUAAUGGAAGUGAACAAGUUCGAACAUGUAAAGCGUGUGGACAUGUUAAUUGUAAAUCUAAUAAGAAGAAAUAG